GUCCAAAAAUUGAGUUUUAUUGAAAGAGACUGUAGCUGACAUUGAAGUGAAAGUGGCAGCGGCUUACACAAAUCAAAAAGCACAAGUGGGCGGAACUUCGGGUGGGCGUGGCUAAACCCUAGUGCGGUUGCAUCGCAGCGCAUACACAAUGGCUGCUCGAAAGAGAGGAAAGCAAACAAUUUUCAGGCCCGCCGCGUCUAGCAAAAAAUAUGAGAAAAAAAUUAUUAAAAAUUCGGAAAAUAGUUGAAAGUCAAGAAAAACUCAACAGAAAGGAUGUUAAAGCGCCCGGGGCCCCUGAGUCCGGGCAGUGUUGAGCACAUAAAACUGGAUAGAAUAAUUGCAUCAGUACUAGCUGGCCGCUGUGCCCUUGUCCAUGUAGCUGGUCUCCCUUAGAGUGCCAUGGCCACGGGAACCCAGGGCCACCGUGACCACGUCCUGGAGAAAGCCAAGCUCGCACCGCCCAUGGGGAGGCGCAGGAGAGCUGAGGGGAAGCCGAAGAAGAACUUCCUCUGCCAGGACUGUCAGAAAGCUUUCAACAGCCUGGAGAAGUUGAAGGUGCACUCGUACUCUCACACAGGAGAGAGACCCUACUGCUGCUCCCACCCUGACUGCACCAAGGCUUUCGUCUCCAAAUACAAGCUGCUACGGCAUAUGGCAACUCACUCGCCAGAAAAAAACCACAAGUGUUCAUACUGUGAGAAAAUGUUCCACCGCAAGGAUCACUUAAAGAAUCACCUACACACUCACGACCCAUACAAGGAGGCCUUCACCUGUCAGGAGUGCGGCAAGAGUUACAACACCAAGCUGGGCUUCAAACGCCACCUCGCCCUCCACGCCGCCAACAGUGGAGACCUCACCUGCCAAGUAUGCCUGCAGCCGUUUCCCAGCACUGGGGUUCUGCUGGAACACCUAAAAACGCACGCUGGCAAGUCCUCUGGCGGGACCAAAGAGAAAAAGCAUCGCUGUGAGCAUUGCGAGCGGCGGUUUUACACCCGUAAAGACGUGCGACGCCACAUGGUGGUGCACACCGGACGCAAGGACUUCCUUUGUCAGUACUGUGCCCAGCGCUUUGGUAGGAAGGACCACCUGACACGCCACGUGAAAAAGAGCCAUGCCCGGGAGCUUCUGAGGGUAAAAACUGAGCCAGCUGAUUUGCUGGAACCAGUUGCCUAUGACUUGGCGUCUGGGGGCAUCAAGGGCGAGCUCCCAGGAAUGCUGACGCCGAGGUUGCACCAGCUCAACAUGUACACAGGCCCCGUCCUGGACACAGAGCCCUUCCCCAACCCAACACACCCCUUUUCUUUAAAGUACCCGCUGGCCUCCAACUUUACCUCAUACACCGUCUCCUCCCAGGAGCGGGAGCAGAAUCUAAAGGGAGAACUGGAGACCUACCUGAUGGAGCUGCAGAGCAGCAUGCCCUCCUCAUCCUCUGCAGCCCAAGAACCCCAACUCCCCUCUUCCAAACUCGAGUUGGAGACUCAAGUGGGCGUGCUGGAGCAGACGAGCCAGGAGGUGUCCCUGUCCAAAAUGUCCACGCCGGUGGUGGCAGCCUCCGCAGGAGACUCUCUGGCUUCAUCCUCUUCUCUGAUGGACUUCUCACAGCUUUUCAACUUCCUGCCACUCAACGGGCCUCCGUAUAACCAGGCCGGGGGCAGCGGGGGGCCAGGCGUCGCCUAUCCACCCAACGAAGAGCCCACACCUCUUGUCCAGCUGCCCCCCCACCCCCCCGAAGGCCCAGAGGCUGCAGAGAAUCCGCUUCAGGGGCUCCCUUCCUCCUUCAUAUCCAACUUGAGCACACCCACCACACUGCCCCGCUUCCACCAAGCUUUUCAGUGAUCCAGUAUGUACUGCGCAUGAGACACAUACACUCACACAUACUGACACACCAGCCCACCGUGAAACAAGAUGCUAGUUUGAAGAUAUUAGUCCCAUCUCCAUUUAAUAUGACAACAUGAGCAGACACUAACACAUUUUGCAGACACAUGAUGAUCAGUACUGACACACACAUCAAAUCUGUUCACAUAAUAGCUGACCAAUCAUCCUCUUGUGCUGGAUGUUUGUGCAAAUACAAUUUCCAGAUUCUCAGUUUAAGUUGUACAACCUAUCAUGAUUAGUUCUGGAUGGCAGGAGAAAAUACUUCUCAAAGAUCUGCAGGCUACAAUAUACCGCAGUAGAAUUCAGGCAUGGGCUGUGCUCAAAAAGGUUCAUCAGUGCAAAACCCCGCCACACACAUAUUAAUGGAGCUAAAACUCUUUUCCCGUAAUAAUGUGGACAAUGCUUAACCAUAACAGUGAGAGUUGUGUUCAUUACACAAGGUUUUUGGGAGUUUGAGAAUUUUCACAUACAUGAAUGAUGAUAGUAAUUUGAUUGCAGUGACUUUCCAUUACUUAACCCCCCAUGCUUUAGAAUAGGUUGACCUUAGUAUGCAGAUUUUUUCUUGUGCAGCACUUUGAAGCCUGUGAUGUCGCCUGUCAUUACAGUUGACCUUUGUUUUAUGUCUUUCUUAUUUGUGGUAGGGACCAAUCUGUAGUUUUGGAAUGUUUUCGCCCAUUUACAUACGUGACUGCUGAGCAUUUCACAAACCAUACCGGACUUCGGAUGGUUUUUUUUGCAGUGCUCUAGACAGCUAUUGCAUCGCAUCAAGUUUUCAAGUCAUGCAAGUUUGUUUCCAAUAUUUAGUGAAAUUAUAGGAAACCAAUGACUUCCUGGAUGGUGGGAAGACUAUCUCAAAACAUCUCAAACAUCAACAUUAUUUUUUGCAUUAAGUUAAUAUUUCAUCAGCAGUAAAUAGUCUAAAACAUACAAAAACAUCAGUCUGGUCCUUUUGAUCAACCCAUAAAUCAGAAAUGUAUUUACAUUGUUAACAACAAGGUACUGGAUAGUAACUACUGAGCAGUUAUCUUUAUUCUCCAACAGUCGUGUUCACCAGUGUCUUAUGGAAUUUCUUAGUUAUCCUCCAACCCCAAACCAAAAUCAACCAAACACAAAAAGACACAAAUCCCAUCAGGUUAAAUCAACACCCUCUCCGCCACACCCAGUUGGAGAGUUAAGAUCAACCAUGUAUCUGGAUUAACCAGUCCUGGACACCAGAAAACUGAGAAAUCACGCUUUUAACCAUGACUUACAAACACACAAGCAGUCACUGUUUAUGAGCCCUACCUAGUGAACCAGCUGGAAGCAUCCACCCCGUAGAGUUAUCUUUUAGUAGGAGAGAGUACUACAGGCUCAAUGGCUAUGUUCACACUGAGGCACAAGUUAUUCAGAUCAGAUUUGUUCAUGACAGCACAAAUCACAUGGAAUCUGAUCUUUUCUAUUCGGCUAUGCGGCUGUGGUUGUUGGUUCGAUCCCCGGCUCCUCACGCCACAUGCCAAAGUAUCCUUGAGCAAGAUACUGAACUCCAAAAUGCUCCUGAUGUCGUGCAUCACUGAGUGAAUGUGUGUGAAAGGGUGAAUGUGGCACGUAGUGUAAAAGCGCUUUGAGUGGUCGGAAGACUAGAAAGGCACUAUACAAGUACAGGUUGAUUUACCAUUUACCAUUAUUCUGAUUGGGUGGGUCACUUCAGUACUGCGUCAGAUCAGAUCUGAGUAAUAAAUCAGAAUUGAGCGCUGAUGUUGCGGUGUGAAAAUAGCCAGUGUGUCAUGAGCUGCUUUACUCUUCCCUUGUUAAUGUCAUUGUGCCUUAAUUUUCAAAGUUUAUGAAAAAAACUAUUAUAUCAAAGACCCACAAAGCAAGCACUCUUUCAAGGAUGAGGGAAGUUCUUCCUGCAAAAAUGCAUUAUCACAUACAUGAAGUCUUUCCUGUGUGUAUUCAAGUACCUGUGCCUUUUAGUAAACUUCUAAUAAGUGUAGUUAGGUUGCCUUGUUUAUGACUGUUGGACUGAAACUAAACUUUUUAGUUGUAGAUUGGAUGCAAAAAAUGAAAAUUUACAUUUACAUCAUUACCCUUAAGUGUUUGGAUAUGGUACCGAGUACCAUUGUACUAAAUGUAUUGUAAAACAUCGUCUCAAAAGUUAACCAUACAACAAAUAAUGGGGUGGCUACAUUUGACUUUUUAAAAAAGUCCAGUGAGUAACAUUUAGAAGGAUCAAUUGGCAGAAAUGGAAUAUAAUAUUCAUAGGCACGUUUUCAUUAGCGUAUAAUCACCUGAAAAUAAGAACUACUGUGUUUUUGUUACCUUCGAAUGAGCUGUUGUUAUCUACACAGCAAGUGUGUCCUCUUCCAUAGAUACCGCCACCAUAGUUUCUCCUACGUGCUCAGAAGGCAAGCAGUUAUGCAUUUGGUUGCAAUCUGCAACUUCAUCGCUUGCCACUAAGGGGCCACUAAAUCCUACACACUGGUCCUUUAAGUGACAUGUUCACUGGACCCCUACCCCACUUAGAAAAAACUGCAAACAUUUAACAUUGGAAGAAAACAUUAGUUUUUAUAAUGUGUGACACCGAUCGACACAUUAAAAGCAACUGCCAGAAUAAUGGCAAACAUUUUGUUUACCACAUUCUACUACCUUUGAACCAAGAGCGAGAUGAAGAAUAUACAUAUAAACUGUCAAUACAUUUGUUGUCAUCCAAUGUGGAACACUAGAACUUCUCAAUAGUAUAUGAAAUUCUUGUAACAUUAUUUAGAACUGCCAAAUGUUGCUGCUAUUUUGGUCAUUUAGCCAAAAGAAUGGGAUGUGGGAAAUCUUUUCUGAGUGACUGUGCCACACCUUGGUAGUCAUUCCCUUUAGACUCUAAAUGUUUUUCUCAAACAUAAAUAAUUUUUGUGCAGAGGUUUGUGAGGUGUUACUUGGAUGUUCUGCUACCAUUAAAACUCAGCAUGCAGCUCUCCCGAACCACAUUUAGUAAUAACGCAAAUAUUACUGUAAGCUCUGAAACACCCAGUUCAGAACCAGUUCAACAGUUUAUGGUUAAAAUAAAUGUCUAGAGCCACAUGUUCUGACUUCCUCUGGCAUGGCUCCACUUUAUUUUAUGUUUAGAUUAAAGUGGAAGUCACCCCCUAAAACACAAAACACAUGUUAGUCCUGUAGGUUCUUGGCCUAAAUCUGCAAACACAAACUCUCUGAAAGCUAAAAACAUGACGGAGCUAGGAGACAGAGUCUUUGACUCAGUUUACCCUCAUCCAAAACAAUAGUUGGUAGCAUUCCAGUUUUCAUGCAAAUGUGAAGAGACUCAGUGUAGUGAGUUGCUCUUUAAUGAUAACAGCAAUGAGGCUUACAUAUGCUGCUGGAAAAUGGUAUAUUGCAACAAUCAAAGGAACAUCUUCAGUGCUCAGUUGGUCUUUUAAGAUAAAAGUGUUGGUAUUGAAGCUAACCGCACCCAUUCUUCUGGAAAUGCAUUCAUGCCAUAAAGCUUUAGAUACUGAAGCACACUCAUUUUAGUGAAUUCAAAGUGUACAAUCAAAGAGUCUGCAGAAUUUACCUUCAUGUUUCCACAUUCAGCUAUGUGGUUUCUAGCUUUAAGGGAGAGUCGUUUACUGGCUUCAUCCUUGACUGAAAUGUUUAAGAUGGUAGGAAUCCAAUUUAGGGGCCACAUGCCUCUUCUUUAACUGCUUCUAGUGCCCUCUAGCAAGGCACUUAGCUGUACAAGCAAAGCUGCUUACCAAGGGACAAUAGUAAACUAUAGUGGUGCUUGGGCAUCUCCCAAAUGUAAAUCUAUUCUGUAUGAAUGUGAAGCAGAACAGUGCUGGAUAAGAGCUGAGAUUCUAACCUUCCCAGAAAAAUUCAAUUCAUUAGGCCAAAGCAUGCUAGAUUUAUAUAAUUAGUGUAUAGGUAGUCCUUCCUCCUUCAAACCUUAAAGGACUAUCACUUCAAAUGCAGUUAAAUGUGUUGGUAGAAAGUUUCUUUGGAAAUAGUAAAGACUUGACAUGCCCGAAGGCUCACUGUUAAACCCCCAGUUUUUGAAACUUCUGCCACCACCCAAUACUGUGGAGGUGAAAAAUCAAUCCCAGUAUCCUUAGGUGUUUGCCACUUGAAUCCCUCAACUUAAUUUUUUAAAUUUUAUUUUUAAUUUUAUUUUUAUUAUUUUUUACAUAUAAUUUACCUUGAAUUAUAUAAUAUAAUAUAUAUGCUUCAACACAAUGGCUUUAUACCUAAAGACAUGUUACAGAAAUUCAAUUUUUGAUAAUAUUGCAGAGAAAUGGCAGCUAGCAAGGUCUGCUACAUUAGCUUUGACUCAUGAAUUAAAUACAGUAAUAAUAAAAUAUAUAUCCAACACUAUUUCUAAUUAACGACAAACAAUAAAUACUUCAGAAGAAAGGACGAUCUUAACAUUGAGGGUCACAUUGUGUGAGUGGCCUGUCAUCCAUGUGCUCACUUGCGAAGUUCUGUUUCCGUAGAAACUAGAUUUUAUUCAAUUAGUUUAUUUUGUUCAAUGUCACAGUGAGUACUCAGAAGGCACUUGUAGAUGAAAAAAUCAUAUACAUGAUAAAUAAAUAAAAAAAUAUGUUAAGUAAUAUUUAUAUGAAACGGUCAUUUUAAAUAAUGUCACAUUUUAAUUGUUUCAUUUCAUUUUACAUAUGUCAACAUUGCGACUAUAAAAUGGUAACAAAAAAAAUAGAUUUGAUUAAAUCACAUUCUUUACUAAUUGUUUUAUGUUGAGAUGUGUAAUAACACUGUGUAUAUAUUUAUGAAGCAUCAAGCAUUCACAGCUAGGACUUAAACUUGCCCAUAGUUGCAGAAACACCCAGGAAUUGGAAUAAGACUAAUAAGCAAGAUUUUUAAAAAACAUUAUCAAUGGUUUAUCUGGUGAUCGGGUUGGAAAAAACUGUAUCAGAUAAUCUACAUCAUUAUAAACUGUUAUCAUUUACAAUGCUGGCUGCCAUAGUAAUGACACUGUUCUGUGGACUGACCUCAGUAACUAGAAAAACAUGUUGCUGUUGUUGAUGCUCCACACACCAAAUUCUAUUUACCUCCAUUGUGCUGGUAUAGUAACCUGACCAUAUGACGUAGUCAAACUUUUACUGAAGGCAGUCGGGAGAAAACAUCAAACAACAAAAACAUCUUCAGUGCCAUUCUUUGCUCUUCUUUCAAUGAAGAAAUACUCUCCAGUUCUGAUAUAACUGAUGCUAGCAGUAUGGACACUAACUUCUUUAGCAGCCUCCAUUGUUGUUUAACAAACAAUCGCUUCUCACUGCGUCACACCUAGCUCCCACCAACGUAGCUGCCAUUAGUAUCGGAGCAGUCAAAAGACACUGACUGGUCCGAUACCACUGUAGUUUGGCCAGAAAAGCAUACACUGAUGCCUGGCAAGAUGGAUUCUCACAUAAUUGUGUGAUCUCACAAGGUUACUCAUGUGGUGGUAAAAGUCUCAAAACCUGGACAAAUGAAACCAAAACUGGGUUAGGGUUAGGAUGGAUGGAUGCAGCUAGAGGGGAGAGAAAAUAUAUGUUGUUGUUUUUUUGGUGAUAUAAGUACAAAACUACAGAUUUAGAUACAAUCUUUCUUUAAGGACAUGAUGUUUUGGUGUGGGCAUGAAGUCAAUCAGGACUUCCCAGCAUUGUCUGAGGCUUUUGUUAUUGAGAGAUUUAGAAAGUCAAAGCUAUAUGUAGCGACACUCCGCCCAGCAUGUGAUUCACUGCUAAUGAAAAAGUGCUUUCUGUUUGGUCGAGAGGCCAAGAGAAUCAGUGGGUUUCAUUUCAGUCAGUGCCUCAGUCAGUCCACGCAGACACAAACGUACAUUUCAACCUUGUCUUCUUCAACUGUAGCUUCACUGCUCGGUCAUUAGCAUGGACACAAUCAUACAAUGUAAGCAGAUUUGCCUUAUUUUUAUGCAAUACCUAAGACAUAUCAGCUGUCAUUUAGAAUCAAUGUGGACACACAAAAACUGCACAAAAUAAUGACUGUGUUGGAACAGAUGCACAUCACAUAUAUAGUUGUAUACACAUUAACCAUUAUAAUAACAUCACCUUUAAUAACCCUCUAAAUUCUGUUAAUGAUUUUAACAUUUCCAAAAAUAUAUGCUGGAAUGAUGAAUAAGACAUUGCCUUUAAAAACAUUUAGUUUUGAGGGUUUGAAUAUUGGACUGUAUAAACAUUAUAUACAUUCAAUGAACCAGAUACAGAACAAGUGAGAUAAAAGUGGACCUCUUAUUAGAAAAUUGAGGUUCAAGAGAUAUUUUUGCUAACAACAGAAUCAUAGUAAACUACAGUUAGCACUGAUACAUUGCUUUGACAUGUUAUGAGCAACUGCCAUUACCUCUAUUUUGUCAUGGAUUUAAAUCUUCUAAAUGUGGUAAUGUUGCCUUGAAUAGUUACUGUAGCUGUUGUUGCUCAUAUAAGGUUGCUUAGUUUGGGUUAGCCUCAUUUGUGACCUCAGCACCCGUCGCAUAGGAAACUGCAUAGCACAUUUAACUUCUAGGCAGUUUAGCUCCCAGUCAUUAUUCAUAUUCCUUCGGCUGCUUUCUCACAAAGUUAAACCAACAAUGCAGUUUAGCUACCAGGUGUUAUUAAGCAACACAGUUAAGUGCACAUCUUACGCUAUAUUUUGCAUUCUUCAUCCCUUUCUCACUUUUCCAGUUAUUCAUACUCUUUUCAAAUUUGAUCUGCUCAUAAGCCCGGAGCUCCAUUCAAACCUUACAAUGUUCCACAUCUUUCUUCUUUUAAUUUAUACUAAUUUGACACACUUUUCCUACUUUUCGUACUCCUUUAGCAACUUCUCCAUACAAAUUAAAGCCAGCAAUGCAGUUUAGCAUCAGCUCUUCAACAUCCAGCAAUGUAUCAGACACACAUUAUUGAUCCAAGCAGACUAUUUGUAUAUAUCUUCAUACGUGACUUAAGGGGAUCUUUAAAGAUGCAAUCUGCUGCUUAAAAAUAACAUUCAGAUUUUUCCACUCAGGUUUGCGUAGUAAACUCCCAAUCAGUAACAUGCAGGACACUGAGGUCACAAAUGGGGAUAUGUUUAGGUUACUAUAUCAAUCCCAUUCCAGUUACUGUAUUCCCCAGCGGUUGCUACAAUUGUAUGACUGUAGUAUCAUUUCUCAUGCAGUUAACAUUGUGCUAGCAAUCACUAGCCAGCAGUGCGGCUGGGUAUAUUGACUGAAAUACAUGUGUAGCACUGAAUACCAAAAUCUUUACUAAAAGCUGAAUUUAAAUGUCAUCAAAGGUCAGAUUAAUCUUGUCUCAUUCUUUGACCUAGUAGUUCCUGAUUUAAAUCACAAUUUUAAUAAAAACGGAGGGAAAAUGCACACACACCCCAGGUGCUGGCUUGUAGACAUACAUUUAGAAAAAGAAAAAAAAGGGAAGCCACAUACUCAUCUUUAGCCAAUGUUAGACUGUAAUUUAAGUUCUUUUCCAACUGCCUAUGUUUGGAUGUUUGGCAUUUCAAAAUUGAUCAUGAGACCAAAGUUCCAUAUUUAGGUCACACGAUGACAACAGAACAAACUCCAUAACAACAUUUUAAAGGGCCGUACAAAAUCCAUCAAGUGAACCUUUAGUUAAGAUUAUUUUGUCAAACUACUGUUCCCAAGGUCAAAAAUGAUCAACAUUUCAGUACUGUUGUUUCUUUUGUAAAAAUGAAAGAAAGGUUUUGUUUUGUCUGUCUGGUAUCAUCAUUGACACAUAUUGAAAACUUAAAAAAAUCAAUACCAGCUCUGCGACAAUGUAACUGAAGGAUGAAAAGUCACAAAGGUGAUGUAAGCUGAUCUAUAUUAUUUAAUACAACACAGAUUACAUAUUUCAUCUAGAACAGACAUUGGACUGCACACUUUAUGGCAAAAAUGUGAACUUUAUAGCCUGCAAAGAUUUUGCCAAACAUCACCUUUUUCCUUCCACCAUAGCAGUCAACAGAUCUUCGUUACAUCAAAUGUUUUAAUGGAUAUAUAACCCAAUAGUGUUAUCAUUUACCUCACAUCUUGUUUUUGUGCUCCGAGAUUCAAAAAUGAUGAUGAACUAGAAGUGUUAAGUUCCCAGUUUUCCUUCCUGAACGACAGGAUUGAUGAGACAUGAAUGGAGACGAUAUUUUUCUGGGUUGUGUGAAAGGUAGAGUUGAAUGUGUAAUGUUUCAAAGCAUUUAUGGAAAUUUGCUAUGUGUAUCUUGUGAAGGUUUGUGUUUUUACAAGAGAUGUUAGCAAGCCGCUAUUGUUUUUUUUUUUUUCAUAGCACUUUUUGUAAAUUGAAUGCCUUUAUUUCCUCCAAUACCUUUUGUUUAAAACCUUAAUUACAAAUGUAUAGAUGAUAUAUUUAGCUUUUAGAGAACAAUAACAUGUAAAUACAAUAUAAAAUGUUUUAUUUUUACAGGUACAAUUUUGACAGUGUUUUUCCUAUCAAAGUGUCAUUUUUGCUUUACUUGCACAAGUGUUCUGUGUAUCUCAUUAAGGGGUCUUUUAACAAAUAAUGUACCUUAAACACAGAUUUCAGUAGGCCUUGUUUUUCAGAGAGCCUUCUUUGACUAUUGGUCAACUGGUUUAGGUGAGAGCACAAGCAACAAUGAAGCUUAAAUGGACGAUUAGCUAGCACUUAAUUCUAUUAUCUUGUUAUGGGUUGUUAUAAAGACAGUGUUUAUGUUCAAUAACUCCCAGGGUGAUUAGUCCUCCUCCAUCAUCCUUUGACCUCCGUGUGACAUAUUAUGACGUAAAAAUGACUUGAUUUCUUAGGGGUUUCUGUCUAAAAGCUGCUAAAGUCCAGAUGAAAUGGAAAAUGUCUUUUUGACCCUUUAAGAUUACAUCCCUAGUCAUUUUGUACCCAUAUUUAACAAUGUAUGCCACCAUUAUUUCAAAAAUAUUUCUUUGUAUUUUUACAUCAAAAUCCACUUAUGAAACAACCAGUUUCAACUAAUACUAUCAUGUAAUCCAGCCAUCAAUUAAUCUUCAACUUUUAGCAACAGCUAGUGUUUCUAGAGGUCGGAGCUCACUGAUUACUGUACAAAAACACAACUUUAUCAGUGAUUCUGGUGAAACCAGAUCAUAUUUGAUGAAGAAAAUAUAUUCUGCCUCAAUUCAGCUAACUGCAAAUGUAGCUGCGGUUACCGUGCAACCGAAACCGGCUUAGCAGCCUCACAGUGAACAAGGCCAGACCGGGAAUAAACCCAGCCUCCAAGACAGGAGGCCAGUUUGACGACAACAGUACCAAGAUGAUUUACAGAGUUUCCAGAUGGACUGUUGGCGGCACUCGCUAACUGCUGCUAACAGUAAUGUUAAAUGCUGUUAGCUAGUUAGCUCAUGCAGCUAACGCCCCCUCACCACCCCUGUUUUCUGUUUCAUGUGGACUUUGAAUAAACACACAUUUUCCAGUCAGCUAACAACAGGUUCAACUCAUAUGACAGAAUCCAGAAUUUGAUAUGGGCAGAAUAAAAGCAAUAAACUUUGGAUCAAAGUUGAAAGAAAAAAAGCUCUACACAUUGGUAGAUCCAGAUUUGGACUUUAGUAUCCGAUAAAGUUUGUAAAUCUAAAGCUAAUCUGACCUGUCCUGGGAAAAAGGAAUAUAAAGGCAGAAUGUCUCCAAUAGGUGGGAGAUGCUCUUCAGUGAGAGGCACAGACCUUCAGCAACUCAAACUUCUUUAUAAGCUUCAGUGGUACCAGUGAAUUUUUUUUGAAUGUGUAUGUAAGAAACACUGCAAUACUGCAAUAUAUUUUGGUAUUGGAUCAAGCUGCUAACAUACUUCUAAAGCUCCUUAAGGUGCUACAGACCUCUUUUCUAGUUCUUAAAUGUAUCGUUUGUACAAGUAUCCAGUUUAGCUGAACAGUUGGCAUGUGUGUGCCUUGUUGUACUAUAUAGCUACAUUAUAUUUUUAUUGUACUGUGACUUUUGUAGUCUUUUGACAGACUUGCCUGUAAUAUCACAUGCCCCACCCCACCUGUGUGUUGUGAUAUUGGGAAACGUCGUCGCUUUGGGAGAUUGCUCUGAGUGAAGUCACUCGGCGGAGAUGAAGACGUUGGCGCCGAAACUGAGAACUGCGACUCCAACGUAACGCCAUUUUAAAAUGAGCUGAGGAGGUUCAGAGACGAACUGCAUUCCAGCCAUGUUGGUUCUGUUAUUCAUUGCAUUUCAACAAUGCCAUCCUGUGACAAUGAUGGACUCGUUGCUAAUUCUCAAUAUUCUACUUCAAGUCUAUUUUACGAACUACUGUUGUAUUUUUAUAAAUAUAGGCAAAGUAAUUCACAUAAACAUAUAUAUGAGUAAAUAUAUAUGUAUAUGUUUAUAGGUUGUGUAAAAUAAAAAUGAAUGCUGCAGCUUUUACCUGUUGUUUUUUUUUUUUUUUAACAUUGACAUCAUCCAAAGAGGCAGAUUAUUUAUUGUCUGGCAGAAUAACCUGAUUUGAUUUACAUACCUUGCUGCUAUGAGAGAGAAGAGCUGCAGUCGUCAACUCCAGUGUUUUUACACAGUCUAAUGAAAGUUCAAUAAACAUAAAAGAAGGAUCUAA